GCUUCUCUCAGGUUCUCUUCUCCUAAGCUCUGUACGGUUGCGUUCUUUGCAUCAUUUGCUUCUGUCUCGUCCCCGCAGAGAAAAUCACCCAAACCACGAAAACGCUCUCCCGAAGUUGUCAAAACCGAGUCUCCAACAACAACAACAACAACCACUUCAGAUGCAGCCACCUCCUCCUCCGCCUCCAUUCCCUCAAAGAAGGUAUUUUCUCUUUUGUGCUACACCUCCGUCAAUACCCUUUUUUUGUGCUGUUCUAGAAGAGGAAAAAUGAAAAAAAGAUACCUUUUUGUGUAGUUGGGUAGUGAAAAAGUGGAUAAUUAUAGAUAGUUAUUCGAAACAAAAGGAAGACAAGUAGUUUAAAAAUCAAUGGGUUGGAUUUCCUGGAUUUUUUGUGUGCUUCCACAGCCUAAUGUUUAAUGCCCUGUUAUGUGUGAAUCGUUUUCUUUGGCAGGUUCUUGUUCCAAUUGGGUUUGGCACAGAAGAAAUGGAAGCUGUUAUUAUGGUUGAUGUUCUGCGGCGUGCUGGUGCACAAGUGACUGUGGCAUCAGUGGAGCCACAGCUUGAGGUUGAAGCUUCAGGUGGCACUAGACUUGUUGCUGAUACCUCCAUCUCCACCUGCUCUGAUCAGGUUUUCGAUCUCGUGGCAUUGCCGGUUAGUACUUUAACGACCUCAAGUUUCUCUUUUGGUAUAUAUAUAUAUAUAUAUAGUUCACCCAGCACUUAAUCGGUGAGAGUUUCAAGUAGUUAUUCCAAUUUAAUGACUUGAAGCAAUAAUUUAUGUUGGUAUAAAUGAAUAUUUUUAACUCGAAGUUACAAACUCUGUGAUCAAUAAUUAGUGGCCAAGAGUAAUGAAGAUAGGCACUGGGUAUGAGGUUUACUGUUGAAGAAAUAAGCAAUCCGGACAAGGAAAUCAUUGACUGUUAUUAGCAAUUGAAAUGCCUUAAGCAUAGAGAACAAUGAACAAUGAGAUCUAUGUUGGUUCUGGGACUUCAGAUGUCACUAUAAUAUAUCCGGUGAAUUGGUUUGCCUGUCUAUUUCAUCUACUGCUUAAUGUCAUUUUCAUUGUUUAAGGGUGGAAUACCUGGCUCAGUGCAAUUAAGAGAAUGUGAAAUCCUCAAACAAAUUACUAGCAGACAGGCUGAGGAGAAGAGACUAUAUGGAGCAAUAUGUGCUGCUCCAGCUGUCACGCUUCUGCCAUGGGGCCUCUCAAGAAAAAAGCAGAUAACAUGUCACCCUGCAUUCAUGGACAAACUGCCAACUUUCUGGGCUGUGAAAUCAAAUAUUCAAGUUUCAGGGGAGCUCACAACAAGCCGUGGACCUGGAACUUCUUUUGAAUUUGCUUGAUCUUUUAGUAGAGCAGCUUUUUGGCGAGAGUGUUGCCAGCAAGAUUGGAGAAUUGCUAGUAUGAUCUUCUAAUAUUUUCCUUUUCCGAUACAUUUGCCCAGCAUACUUUAGCUAAGUUGCUAUAUAGAUGUCUUGUAUGUCAAUAAAAGUUCUUUGCUGUU